AUGUUGCCUGUUCGGUGCUCUCGUACAUUGACUGCUUAUACAGUGUCCGCGAAAGAAAUUAAGGAGCUUGUCAAGGCUAUUGAAGACUUGAAACGAGAAAUGCGGGCCGACAACCGGUCCUUGAAAGACAGCAUACAAAAUUGUCAUGACAGCCUCAAUGAAUGCAAAAAUGACAUUAAGGAACUUAAUGCCUUGCGUUGUGAGGUGAAUGAUUUAAAAACUGAAAUCGUCGAGCUGAAGAAAUGUGUUCAGAGGACGCAACAAGAACUAUCUGCUUUAGAACAGCACCAGCGAUUAAACAACCUUGAAAUCAAAGGAGUACCGAAGGAUGCACCCGGUCCCGCUGAUGUUGUGAAAAAGAUAGCUGAGAUAUCGGGAGUGAAGUUAGAGAAUGCGGACAUUGACAUCUGUCACCGCGUUCCAACACGGCAAUCUGAUCAGGAAAAUAUUAUCGUUCGCAUGAUUUCUCGAACAAAGAGGGACGAAUUGCUCCAUAAGGGCAGGAAGCAGAAGUUAACUUGUGCGUCCUUGGGACUAUCUGGUGCUGCCAAAAUAUUUAUCAAUGAACAUUUGUCACCGUCAAAUAAACAACUGAUGGGCGCUGCGGUAGCACGAAAAAAGAUAACAAACUGGAAGCAUCUGUGGACAAACAAAGGAAAGAUUUAUGCCAGGAAAUCUGAUGACUCUCCAGUUCUACAGAUCAAAACCAAGGAAGAUAUCAAUUUUAUGUCGUAG